CGUGCAGACGAAAACAUCUGUCGCAGUGACACUGAAUGGGGUCUUGGAACCAGGUGAAUUUACCUGUAGAACACGAUCAGGUAUAGAAACGCGGGUGCCUUGGUCGAAGACAUUUGUGUACCUGUACAUAAACUGACCUGUCAAAGCACUUAAUGAAGGAUAAGUGUACAGAGUCCGACUUACAGGUAUCCACAGGGCGGAACAGUAUUGGGAUAAACGGUAUAGUUACCUGGUGAAUUAAACAGCGCAACUUUCCAGUUACAGCAACACGGAUACAGCACCAUGUUAUAACACGACGAAUAACCGGGAGAUCCCUGAUACAACCAGAAGACUUUUGAGGAAUAUGAAAAGUGCACCUAGAAGGUGACAUUUCAAAGGAUAUUAACUGACAAAUCAACAAGCUGUUUAGUACUAAGUAUUUUGAAGGACUUUAGAAAGGACUUUAAGACCAUCUAGAAUAUUGAUAGAAUUCCAGUACAAGACUUCAUAGGACACGCCUGCCUCAUCUGUCCACUAAACAGGCCACAUUUCCUUUGAAUGAAGAAUGCCAUCUGUUUCUGUAUGUGAUGAGUGACUUCAGAAAUCCAUCAUGUUGAUGUGUUUGGUCCAAGUUGUCCACAUUAGCUGCAAGUGUUGACAAGAUUUCCAGCAGGUGAAGGUGAUUGAGGAAGAUCUGACCCAGAGAUUCAGCCAUGGCACACCACAUCUCUCAGGGAAACACCAGCAGACUCUACGUUAUUUGUGUUCUAGUCAUCUCUGCAAUAAUAGGAACAGUUGUCUCAAAUGACCCUCCUCAGCUAAGAAAUUUUGGGGGUGUUAUGAUAUGGGCUGAAGACACUCCAAUAGAUACCGUCCUUGGCAACCUCACAGCGGUAGAUUCUGAUGGGCCAGAAGAUCUGAAGUUCAAAACUUCAACAGAGGAAACCAAGUCGUUGGUGUCCCUAAACGCUCCGCGGAAACUAGAUCCCAACACUUGGAUAGUUGACAUUCUCCUUAAAGCUGCACUAGAUAGGGAUUAUGAACCUAGUGAAAGAAAACUAUUUUUCUCAAUAGAUGAUUCUACAAGUGAGGUGCCGGCCCGAUUAACGUUAUUCAUCAGGGACGUGAAUGAUGUCAGGCCUCAGUUUAAAGAUAUGCCAUACAAAGCUACAAUAAAUGAGAGUGAGGCUGCAGGAUCAGUAGUUUUCACUGGGGUUAGCGCCACUGACCCUGACAAUGGCAGAGGAGGAACCAUACAGUAUUCCAUGGAGACUGACGCCCAGGCUGCAGAUGAGGACUACCGUACCACCUUCCAGAUUGACCAGUACUCUGGGGUCAUCAAAAUCACAAGGCCACUGGAUUAUGAGAAGCAUAAUUUCUACCAGUUCAAAAUCAAAGCAGUUGAUGGCUGGGGUUUGGAAGGAGAGCCAGCAGAUUUUGUGGUGACUGUCCUGGAUGUUCAAGACACACCACCAUACUUCAUCAAUCUGCCAUAUAGCGGGGAGGACAGUCAGGUGGAUGAAAAUGUCACAGUGGGCACAGCUAUACUGCAAGUAUCUGGUUUAGAUGGAGACAGGGGAAUUCCUAACAACCUCACAUACAGAUUUGUCAGUGGUGACUUCCAGAACUUUGACCUGGAUCCCCACUCUGGAUGGAUCACCGUAAAACACCCUUUGGACCGGGACUCUCAGAAUGUGAGGAACAGAGGAGGGGUGUAUGCCUUCUAUGUGGAGGCAGCAGAGGUGAUUCCACCAGGACAGGUGAACACCAACCAGACGACGGAGACGACCCUUGUCACCAUCACUGUGCGGGACGUCAAUGACAAUGACCCAGUGUUCAGCCAGCCCUCCUAUAAUGCCAGUAUCUUGGAGAACAUGCAGAACGUACCCAUCACAUUUCAGCAGGAAGUCAUGAGAGUCUCCGAUGCAGAUGAGGGAACCAACAGCCACUUUGCCCUGUACAUACAGAAGGAUGGGCAGCCAUACCAGGACUUCAUGCCAUUGCCCUUUGAGGUGUAUUCGGAGUCCACUGUCCUCAUCAAGGUGAACAACUCCCAGGAACUGGACUAUGAGAAGAACCACCAGCUGGUGUUUCAGGUGGUUGCUAGGGAGUUGGAUACACAAGACAUGCGAUCCAGCACAGCAACUGUGACUGUCAACAUUGAGGAUAUGAAUGACAAUGCUCCAGUGUUUGCCAACGACACCUAUCUUGUGAGGCUGAAAGAGAAUACCACCAUUGAAACAAGUGUUGCUCUUAUCAAUGCUACUGAUGAGGAUUCAGGCAUCUUUGGCACCGUGAGAUACACAAUCAGAGGGGGAAACAAUAAGUUUCGUAUUGGCCUUGAAUCAGGGGUCAUCUAUGUAUCGGGUGACCUUGACCGUGAGACAACCGAUGAAUAUUACCUGACAGCAGAGGCCAAAGAUGGUGGUGGCCUGAGGACACCAGUGGAGGUGAAGGUCGUCAUUGAGGACGUCAACGACAAUGCUCCGAUGUUCAGACGGCAAGCAUAUGAAGCCACUGUGAGAGAGCGUGAUGCAGACUUCCUCAGGCCAUUGAUUGUGGAGGCUCUAGAUGAUGAUGAAGCCUUGACCAACAACAGCGAGGUUCGGUACAGAAUUGAUAGUGUUCCAACUGGACUAGAGAGUAACUUCAGCAUUGAUCAAGUCACAGGCAGAAUCUGGGUGCAAGAUCCUCUGGACUAUGAAAAACUUGACCCCAUGUUGAAGGGCAAGGUCGCCAUGCAGGUCAUGGCCUAUGACCUUGGGGAGCCACAACAGACCAGCACAGUUCGAGUUGAUAUCACAGUGGAGGAUAUGAACGACAAUGCUCCAAUAUUUGAAGAGAACUAUUACACUAUUAGUGUGCCGGAAAACUCAACUCAAGGUUCAGUCCUAUUGAAUGUAACAGCAACUGACAUGGAUAUUGGGAGUCCCAACAAUGAGUUCAUCUAUAGAAUUGAAAACGGUGCCAUGGAUAAGUUCCGAAUUGAUUUCGAGACUGGUAGCAUAUAUGUAGAAACAGGUGCUAAACUAGAUCGAGAGGAAAAGAACGUCUACAUAAUGAAUGUGUCAGCCAUCGACAACGGCACCCCACCUAAGACUGGCAGGUGUGUUGUCAUCAUCAACCUAACAGAUGUUAAUGAUAAAUUACCUGUAUUUACACCUGAAAGCCAGUCGAGGACCGUGAUGGAGAAUUUGAGUGUAGGAACAACUGUACUGACCUACAAUGCUACAGAUGCUGACAUAGACAGUGUACUUGAGUACAGUGUGUUGAAGUCACUGACCAAGGCCUACAACGACCGCAACGAUGAAGUGGAUGUACAGACUAACAACAUAACAGAGUAUUUUGAUGUGUUUCCCAACAAUGGCACCGUGUAUGUGGCCUCCCAACUGGACAGAGAGUCUGCGGAGAGAGUUGUCAUCAAGAUCCUAGUGCGAGACGUCAAUGCAUGGCAACCCGUGGAUCAGACUGCCACAGCGACCUUGACAGUGACCUUGGAGGACUACAAUGAUAAUCCCCCCUUGUUCCUCCCAACCCCUACAUACAGUGCCAACAUCUCGGAGGGCCAGGAUGUCGACAGUGAGGCUCUGCGGGUGGAAACAGUUGACCCAGACAAGAACCAGCAGGUUACAUACACCAUUAAUGACAGAUUUGAUGCCUUCAAGAUAGAUCCACGCACAGGUAUCAUCCGUCUGAAGCAGAAGCUGGACCGAGAGGCAAGAUCGUCACUGCAGUUCACUGUCAUCGCCACAGACAACGGUGUUCCUGUUCAGAGCUCGUCAGCAGUGGUAUUCGUGAAUGUGUUGGACAUGAAUGACAACUCCCCAAUCUUCGUGCCUCAUAACCGCACCGUUCGUGUCUCGGAAGAUGCAAAUAUUGGACAUGUAGUGGUCACCCUUGAUGCCGCGGAUGCAGAUAUCGGAGACUUUGGAAAAGUCUUUUAUUUGCUCGAUGGGGUCAACAAUGACGGAACAUUUGUCAUCAACAAGAGCAGUGGCGAGAUUACUGUAGACAAACCUCUUGACAGAGAAUUCCAGGAUGAGUAUACACUGGUUGUGGUUGCCAGGGACAACCAGAAGGAACCACAAGACCAGAGAUCAAAUAGGACAUCCAUACUCAUCCAAAUAGAGGAUGUCAAUGAUAAUGCUCCACAAUUUGCCGUCAUUGGUUCACAAAGUAUCCCAGAGUCGUCUCCCCUUGGCAGCAGUGUGUACCAGAUUGUGGCGACCGACAGUGAUGCUGGUGAUAAUGGAACUGUUGUGUACAGUCUUGGAGCUGAUUCCAAUGCUACAAACAACAGGAAUGAGGACCUGUUUGGCAUUAAUGCUGUGACAGGUAUCAUCUCGGUCCAAGCUGACCUUCACAACACAGUGGGAGUGAGGUAUGUUACAGUCAAUGCCAGGGAUAUGGGGUCUCCACAACGCUCCAACUCCACAACUCUCUUCCUGGAAGUUCUUGAUGUCAAUGAUGAUGCUCCCCGAUUUGUGGUUCCUGAUCCAGACAAUCCUGUAGUUCUUAUUAAAGAGGAUCAGCCUGUUGGAACCCACAUCAUUACACUGCGAACGCGGGAUGACGACUUCGGCCGUAACGGAGAAGUUGUGUAUACACUGGUGGAGACUGAGUCGCGCCUGGACUGGCGGAAAUUCCGUGUGGACAGGCUGACCGGCAACCUGACCAAUAGGGAGGUGCUGGACAGGGAAACACAUGAAAGCUACGAGCUGCUGGUGCGUGCCACUGACCGAGGCGUCCCCAGGAACUACUCCACAGACCUCACUCUCACAGUGCGUGUCAAGGACGUGAAUGAUGAGAAACCCAAGUUUGAUCGGAGUCUUUACCCGACACCCUACCCUGUUGCGGUGGCCGAGGAGAGUGAUAGUGCUUGUGCUGCGGGAAGUGUAGGCAUUGCAAAGGACAACGACAUCAACUUCAACUUUACCAUCAUCUGUUACUACAUUUUCGCUGAAGAAAUCCAAGGAGCGUUCACCCUGAACAAGACUGGUGAGCUGUGCCUGAAGAAGAAACUGGACAGAGAAAGGUUGUCCUCAACCUCCCUGAUAAUCCAGGCUUCCCCCUUCUGUUAUGCGGACAUCGAACCCAAGACAUUUGUGAGACCCGAGCCGGGUGAAGAGCCCCAGGGGUAUGACAGCAGUGACUUGACAUUGCUGUGGGUGAACGUGUCCAUCACCGACAUCAAUGACAACCCACCACAGUUCAACAGGAAGGACAUGGUGCUGGGUGUCACCAGGAGCACGCAGUUCGGACAGAUGAUAUUUGAGCUGAAGAAUGAAGUGACUGACAAGGAUUCUCGUGCGUGGGGAGUGAACAGAUUUGACCUCUCUGGCAACAUUGUCAUCGAACGUGAGGAUCUUCGUAAUGAACUGGCUGAGAUGGGAGUAGACAAACCAUUCCUUCUCUUUCCAAAUGGUUCACUGAAGACAAACACCUAUUUCAAGCCGACCAUGUUUGGCUCCUUCUUGCUGAAUCUAGUGGUUUAUGACAAGGGAGGUCUCAAUGAUUCAGCUCAGCUCAAGAUAUCCCUCAUCAAUGAUGACCAAAGGCUGAAGGUUGUGUUCAGGAGAAGGCUGGAAGAUGUCAGCUCAGUUAAAAACUAUUUUACAGAGCGGUUACGGGAAUAUCACUGGUUACAGGAUUGUAGUUGACAAAAUCUCCACACAUGAAAAUGAUGCUGGAAAACCAGAGAUAGAAAAGACUGACGUGUUGAUACACGGAGAGGACCCUAAAACUGAUAAAGUCAUACCAGCUGAAGAUCUACUCA